CGACGCCAUUUUGAUAAUAUCUCCUGAACAAUUUUUCCGAGUGCAAUCCAAGCCAUCCUACCAAAAUAAACUAAAGUAUAUCUCGAAGACAUCAAUUUUCGACUUSGACAAGUACUAAUCUUAUCUCCGGACAAGCUAUUUUUGUCGUGUUGCUUAUUGUGUAGCAUAAAAGAUGGCUUGUGCGACAUUGAAACGGUCAUAUGAAUUUGACCCACUACUGAGUCCACAACCAUCGUCGAAAAGACGAAGAUGCAUACCAAUGUCUACUCCAUCGUCGAGUCCGAGUGCUAGCCCUACUACUAAAGAUUCUGCUUUCGCAGAUGUGACUCCRAGAAUAAGUCAAGAACAACUUGCAACCAAUAUUCACUUGGAAUGGAAGAGAUUGCAGCGCCGUAAGCAUCUCAAAGCACCAAGUUCAAACUCUGUUGAAGCUAUGUCUACAGUAAUCUCAUCACCAAGUUCAUCGCCAACAAGAAAGGAUCAGCCUUUAUUCACCUUGAAACAGGUUUCACUGAUAUGUGAAAGACUCCUCAAAGAAAGAGAUACUCAACUUAGAGAGCAGUAUGAUAAAGUACUCAACAAUAAAUUAUCAGAGCAAUACGAUGCUUUUGUAAAAUUCAACUAUGAUCARGUACAGCGAAGAUUUGAAAGAUCAGCGCCUACAUAUGUUUCCUGAUUUUAUUGUUUACAAUACAAUUUUAACUGCAGAAGUCAAUCAUCAAGGAUUCUCAACAACAUUAAGUAUAUAAAUCUAGUGCAUUUAUAAAACUGUUUAAAAGGUAUCUGCAUGCUAUUGCAACAAAUGCAACAGCAUGUUGAAUAUAAUGCACAUUUGUGCUUGAAAUGUACUUUUGUAUAAAAUAACUAUUAUGUUUUGAUAAAACUGUUGAAAGAUUUCUGGAAAAAAACACUAAACCUAUGAGCAAGAAACUUGAAAGAUCUCUUGAAUUCAGAUUAGAACGUUCUUUAUCAAAUGUUUGUGCAACAAAAUUGCUCAAAAGUUCACAAAGUUUUCUUUUCUAAUGUUGUAUUAAAUUGUUAUAUUUCAAAUAAAUAUUUUCAUUUUGAAGGGGCA